CUGACAGUGACAGGUCAGAACUGUUCGUUUUGUUCUCUGGCCGGUCCGAAGAAUUUAAGUGAAUUACAAUCAAAACAAUUGAACGUUAGAUAAUUUUCUCAAACGUUUUGGAAUCUAUUUAAUUGAAAAUGAGCCUUCUGCUACAAUUGAGUAAAAAUUUAACCAGCCGCUCUGGCUAUCUAUUGACUAGAACACUAUGCACCGCUACUCUGGAAUCAAAAGAUCUCGAUAAACUGGUGCGGAACAACAAAGUCGUAGUGUUCAUGAAAGGUAAUCCGGAAGCUCCUCGUUGUGGUUUUAGUAACGCCGUUGUGCAGAUUCUGCGGAUGCACGCCGUCAAUUACGAUAGUCACGAUGUGCUGCAAAACGAGUCGCUGCGCCAAGGUAUAAAGGAUUAUUCAAAUUGGCCCACGAUACCGCAAAUUUUCAUCAACGGAGAGUUUGUCGGUGGUUGCGAUAUUAUGCUACAGAUGCACCAACACGGAGAAUUAAUUGAAGAGUUGAAGAAAGUGGGGAUCAAGAGCGCUCUGACUUUAGAAGAAAAUAGUGAACAGAAAUAAACGAAUCAGUUUUUUCAUGUAAAUUCUUAAUAGUAGUAUGGUUAACACUAGCUUCAAACUUUGUGACUUUAAUUACCAAGAGCGGCCGAAUAUAUGUGGUCAAUAAAUACUAAAUUUCACUCUAAAA